AUGCCUCUCCUCCUCUUGCUGCUCCUGCUGCCAAGCCCCUUACACCCCCACCCCAUCUGUGAGGUCUCCAAAGUGGCCAGCCACCUAGAAGUGAACUGUGACAAGAGGAAUCUGACAGCGCUGCCUCCAGACCUGCCGAAAGACACAACCAUCCUCCACUUGGGUGAGAACCUCCUGUACACCUUCUCCCUGGCAACCCUGAUGCCUUUCACUCGCCUCACUCAGCUGUACCUAGAUAACUGCGAGCUCACCAAGCUCCAGGUCGAUGGGACGCUGCCAGCGCUGGGGACCCUGGAUCUAUCCCACAAUAAGCUGCAACGCCUGCCCUUGCUAGGGCAGACACUGCCUGCUCUCACCAUCCUGGACGUCUCCUUCAACCGGCUGACCUCGCUGCCUCUUGGUGCCCUGCGUGGUCUUGGCGAACUCCAAGAGCUCUACCUGAAAGGCAAUGAGCUGAAGACCCUGCCCCCAGGGCUCCUGACACCCACACCCAAGCUGGAGAAGCUGAGUCUAGCUAACAACAACUUGACUGAGCUCCCCGCUGGGCUCCUGAAUGGGCUGGGGAAUCUCGAUACCCUUCUCCUCCAAGAGAACUCGCUGUAUACGAUACCAAAGGGCUUUUUUGGGUCCCACCUCCUGCCUUUUGCUUUUCUCCACGGGAACCCCUGGUUAUGCAACUGUGAGAUCCUCUAUUUUCGUCGCUGGCUGCAGGACAAUGCCGAAAAUGUCUACGUAUGGAAGCAAGGUGUGGACGUCAAGGCCAUGACCUCUAACGUGGCCAGUGUGCAGUGUGACAAUUCAGAUAAGGUUCCCGUCUACAAAUACCCAGGAAAGGGAUGCCCCACCCUUGGUGAUGAAGGUGACACAGACCUAUAUGAUUACUACACAGAAGAGGACACUGAGGAUGAUAAGGUGCAUGCCACAAGGACUGUGGUCAAGUUCCCCACCAAAGCCCAUACAACCCCCUGGGGUCUAUUCUACUCACGGUCUACUGCUUCUCUGGACAGCCAAAUGCCCUCCUCCUUGCAUCCAACACAAGGAUCCACUAAGGAGCAGCCCACAUUCCCAGCUAGAUGGAUCCCAGAUUUCACACUUCACAUGGAAUCCGUCACAUUCUCCAAAACUCCAAAAUCCACUACUGAACCAACCCCAAGCCCGACCACCUCAGAGCUCGUCCUGGAGCCCACCAGAAGCCCAACCACCCCAGAGCCCACUCCAAGCCUGAACACCUCAGAGCCCACCCCAGAGCCCACCCCAGAGCCCACCCCAAGCCCGACCACCCCGGAGCCCACCCCAGAGCCCACCCCAAGCCCGACCACCCCGGAGCCCACCCCAGAGCCCACCCCAAGCCCGACCACCCCGCAGCCCACCCCAGAGCCCACCCCAAGCCCAACUAUCGCAGAGCCCACCCCAGAGCCCACCCCAAGCCCAACUAUCGCAGAGCCCACCUCAGAGCCCGCCCCAAGCCCGACCAUCUCCACAAGCCCGACCAUCCCAGAGUCUGCCACAAGCCUGACCGCUCCAAAAAGCAUCAUAUUUUUAACUACCUCAAAACCCAUAUCACUCUUAGAAUCCACCAAAAAAACCCUCCCUGAAUUUGAUCAGCCACCAGAGCUCCGUGGGGUGCUCCAAGGGCAUUUCGAGAGCUCCAGAAAUGACCCUUUUCUCCACCCCGACUUUUGCUGCCUCCUCCCCUUGGGCUUCUAUGUCUUGGGUCUCCUCUGGCUGCUCUUUGCCUCUGUGGUCCUCAUCCUGCUGCUGACCUGGGUCGGGCAUGUGAAACCACAGGCCCUGGACUCUGGCCAAAGUGCUGCUCUGGCCACAGCCAUGCAAACCACACAUCUGGAGCUGCAGCGGGGACGGCAAGUGACAGUGCCCCGGGCCUGGCUGCUCUUCCUUCGAGGCUCGCUCCCCACUUUCCGCUCCAGCCUCUUCCUGUGGGUACGGCCUAAUGGCCAUGUGGGGCCUCUAGUGGCAGGAAGGAGGCCCUCGGCUCUGAGUCAGGGUCGUGGUCAGGACCUGCUGGGCACAGUGAGCAUUAGGUACUCUGGCCACAGCCUCUGAGGGUGGGAGGUUUGGGGACCCUGAGAGAAGAGCCUGUGGGCUCUCCUAUUGGAAUCUAGUUGGGGGUUGGAGGGGUAAGGAACACAGGGUCAUGGGGAAGGGGUCUUAAUUCCUUUUUCUGUAUCAGAAGUCCUCUCUUCACACCACAGGCACACAAUUUCAGUCCCAGCAAAGCAGAAGGGGUUAAUGACAUGGAAUUGGGUGGGUCACAGGACAAAGCUCCCGACGCUGCAUGGGGCGCUGCCAGACCUCACGGUGAACCAUUUUGGCAGAAUACAGCAUGGUUCCCACGUGCAUCUAUGCACAGAAGAAAAUCUGGAAAGUGAUUUAUCAGGAUGUGAGCACUCAUUGUGUCUGGAUGUUACAAAUAUGGGUGGUUUUAUUUUCUUUUUCCCUGUUUAGCAUUUUCUAGUUUUCCAUUAUAAUUGUAUAUUAUCUGUAUAAUAAAAAAUAAUUUCAGGGUUGGGA